GGCUUGUACUUGCGUUUUUGUGAGUCUGGCGUCGUUUGAGUCUCCCUGGUUUGGUAUAUAAUUGCUUCGAAUAUCCACACUGGUCUUCUCCAAAGACCUAUCUGGUCGAACAACCGCGCAACGCCUUGCAUUGUCCGCCUCUUCCGUCGAACCACUACUAUCUCGUUCCUGUGCAGAUACCCCCUAUCGCACGCAUCCUAUCACACGUCUGGUUCGCGACGCUCUUGCUACCGUAGAAACAUUCAACGCAGUUCUAAUAUCAUAAUGCCUCCUUACGACGGGUACCCCGCUGCGCCUCGCUCUCCCACCUUUGGGUUCUUCCCCACGGCCCCGGCGGCUCCACAUGCUUUCCCCACUCUCCACGGAGACCCGCGUGACACGCACGCCAUGUACGCCUCGUUAGGCUCGCAGCUAGGCUUCCAGCCCAGCACCCAGUCGUCUCAUACGGGCGGUAACCAGAACCCCCUCAGAAAACUCUGCCGCAAGUAACUUGCGUGCGAUACCCUCUCGCGUUUCACGUCUUUUUAAGAUCAACAUCAAACCAUGCUAUACCCAACUGUAUCAUAGGAAAGGGAAGGGGAGAGGGAACAGGAAGGGAUAUCUGUGGGAUCGGGGGCUUGUACGACGUGGUGGACGGGUGCGGGACAUCAUCAGCAUCACGCUUGUAUUCGACAUUCGCCGGUGUUUCCAUAUCUUUCUACUCGAUAGAUUCUACUACAACCACGCUGUAUUGUAUAUUUGUUUUUCCUAUCAAUUGUGUGGAGUCCAUUCCUAUGCCGUCA